AUGGUAAAAUUAUGUACUUUCCCACUAUUUUUCCUUAUAUUUUCUUUUUUGAAUUUGAGUGCGAUAAAUGGUUUUGAUAAUAUCGAUGGAAUAGUACAAGACACUGAAAAUGCAGAAAUCGUUUCAAAAGAUGUGUCUCCCGAUGGAAUUAUAUUGAAUGAGCAAAAUGAGGAUGAGAAUUACCAUAUCCCAAACGUGUGUUUCGAUAAUACGAACUACCAACCACCACGAUAUAUAGGAGAUAACAAAGAUUAUUUAUAUAACCAAAUUGGAGAGAUUAGUAAUUCAUUUUCUACUAAUUUGAACAAAUAUACAAAAUUUAUGCAUGAAUUAUAUGGUUUAUAUAAUGAGAAAAUUGAUGUAAGCAUGGACAAUUUUAGACAUGGUUAUAUAUUUAUGCAAAUACAUUUUUCAAAACAUAAAAACGAGGAUAGUACUGUUAAAUUAAUGGUUGAUUUAUAUGGAAGUGUAAAUAAAAUACAUUCAAGUGGGAUUGAAUUAGCACAAUGGUCGUUUGAAGCCCAGCUAAAUCAAUGUGAGUUGGCACAAAAUAAAAUCAAUGUUUCUAUUACUGACGAGGUUUUCAUGAUCCAAGAUAAUGACAUAGUCAAAGGAGAUCAGAAUGCAUCUACACAAGAUAAUACUAAUUUACAGAAUGCAGGCAGUCCUAACAAAUUAAACAAUUUGAAUAAAAUACAUGCAUUACUUAUGGAAAAUAACAUUGAUAGUACAGAAAGUUUUAUUGCAUUAGAUAAAAUAAGCGAAGAUACAUUUCAGGUUAAUAAAUUAGAAGAUUUCUUGAGUAAUUGUAUGAUAUUUGCAAAUACUAAUACGAAUAAUGCUGAAUUAAAAAAGCACAAAACACAACAGGAAAGACAAAUAUAUCGAGAAACCUUAUUUACAAAUUUUAAGCAAAGUAUAGUUAGCAAAGAUAUGGAAAACUGCAAAAAAAAUUACGCAUUGUUAAUAUCUAAUAGUAGCAUACCAUCUAAAUUAAUGUAUGUUUUUAUAUUGAUAGCCGCUAUUAUUUAUAUUUUGUAA